CUGCUAAAUCAUAUUUAGAGGAAACUUAAGUGUGAACUACAUUUUUUUAUAUUAUUACGUACUCCUAAAUGGGGGAUUACGGAUUUGCUUUGCAAUCGGCUAGUAGCAAUAAUAAUCAAACGGGAUUUCUGCAGGCAAAAUACCAAAGCAGCCAAGCUAUUACUAGUAAUGAUGCGAUUAAUAAUAAUUCGUCUUUGUUUUUUCCUGUUUCAGCUGCGCAAACCAUGCAGGAUGAUUUACUGAUGGACAAAAGCAAAGCCCAGCCGCAACAGCAGCAGUCAACACCUCUCCAGGAUCCGAACGCGGAACCCCCCUCCACACAGAUAACUGAAUCCCCGAAAUCAGAGGACAGUCCGGUGACUAUUACUACUGCAGUUCCAGCCCCAAAUAGCAAAGAGAAAAUGCAAAUGGAGUCGCCGAUUUUGCCUGGCUUGAGCUUUCACCAGCCCCAGCAAGAGCCACCGGGGACCUCUGUAUCACCUUCUUUCGGUAGCACUUGGUCGACUGGGACCACGAACACAGUGGACGAUAGCUUUUUUCAAGGCAUACCCCCAGUCAGUGGAACAAUGCUAUUUCAGAAUUUCCCUCAUCACGUUAAUCCAGUGUUUGGGGGUACCUUUUCACCCCAGAUCGGUUUGGCUCAGACUCAGCAGCAGCACCACCAACAGCAACAACAAGCACAGCAACAGCGAAGGUCGCCCGUCAGCCCCAGUCAGGCACCCUUCGCCCAGAGAAAUGCUUAUAGUCAUCAGCCCAUCAUGACUAGUAAACCUUCUUCAUCAACUGCCUCUUCAUCUUCUUGGAAUAACCACCAAAAUGCUGCUUGGAGCACCCCUGCCAAUCCUUGGAGUGGGCUGCAAGCUGGCAGGGACCCACGAAGGGCAGUGGGGGUGGGAGUGGGGGUUGGGAUGCCGUCUCCUCUGAACCCCAUUUCACCACUGAAAAAAACUGUCUCCAGUAACGUAAUUGCUCCGCCGAAGUUCCUCAGGGCUGCUCCCCUUCCCCCAAAACCCUGGAUGGAAGACAAUCCCUUCAGGACAGAUAACGGCAACAACCUGCUGCCUUUUCAGGACCGGAAUCGGCCCUAUGACACGUUUAACUUGCACUCUCUGGAGAAUUCCUUAAUGGAUAUGAUCAGGACAGAUCAUGAACCUUUGAAAGGCAAACAUUAUCCUCCUGGUGGGCCACCAAUGAGUUUCGCUGAUAUCAUGUGGAGGAACCACUUCGCAGGUCGCAUGGGCAUCAGUUUUCACCAUCAAGGGACAGAUAUAAUGGCACUAAACACAAGGAGCUAUGGUCGGAGAAGAGGUCGCUCCUCUCUUUUUCCUUUUGAAGAUGGCUUUCUAGAAGACAGUCACAGUGACCAGUCUUUAACAUCUGGACUAAGUUCUCCAACCCGUUGCCAGAAUGGGGAGAGAGUGGAACGUUAUUCUAGGAAAGUUUUUGUAGGAGGCUUGCCUCCUGACAUUGAUGAAGAUGAAAUCACUGCUAGUUUCCGAAGGUUUGGGCCUCUUGUAGUUGACUGGCCUCACAAAGCUGAAAGCAAAUCCUAUUUUCCUCCUAAAGGCUAUGCCUUUCUGCUGUUCCAAGAAGAAAGCUCGGUGCAGUCACUAAUAGAUGCCUGCUUGGAGGAAGAUGGGAAAUUGUAUUUGUGUGUCUCAAGUCCAACAAUCAAGGAUAAACCAGUGCAAAUUCGUCCCUGGAAUUUGAGUGACAGUGACUUUGUGAUGGAUGGUUCUCAGCCUUUGGAUCCAAGGAAAACCAUCUUCGUGGGUGGAGUUCCACGGCCUCUUCGAGCUGUGGAACUGGCAAUGAUCAUGGACCGGCUGUAUGGAGGUGUCUGUUAUGCUGGCAUUGACACAGAUCCAGAGCUCAAGUACCCAAAAGGUGCAGGAAGAGUGGCUUUCUCCAAUCAGCAGAGCUACAUUGCUGCUAUCAGUGCUCGCUUUGUCCAACUUCAGCACAAUGACAUCGACAAACGGGUGGAAGUGAAGCCAUAUGUCCUGGAUGACCAGAUGUGUGAUGAGUGUCAGGGCACACGCUGUGGUGGAAAAUUUGCUCCAUUCUUCUGUGCCAAUGUAACCUGUUUGCAAUAUUACUGUGAGUACUGCUGGGCAAACAUACAUUCACGUGCUGGACGAGAAUUCCACAAACCACUUGUGAAGGAAGGAGGUGAUCGACCCCGCCACGUCCCUUUCCGCUGGAGCUGAAUCUGAUGCCUAAAUCCAGCAAUCAGUUCUGGAGCAGAAAGGAGAGAGGGCAAGAGCUGCCUCAGGGCUGAGAGAUUCUGGAAAUCUGUGCAUUCUUCCUUAGAUAUGAAGUGAAAUGGGGGUAUUUUUAUUUAUUUACUGUCAUAUUAUUGAACUCGGUGUCCAGUAUAUAAUAACCCUGCAGAGUGUAACUGUAUACUUAAUUUUGCACUUCAGCUUACACAAACAUCUGCUUUGUACAUUAGAUUCCUAUAUGAGACUGUCACUUGUGACAAAACUGUUUUGUAGACUGCCAUUCCCAUUGGUAACAGCCAGGUUAAUGUACAUGUAAUAAUAAAAUAUAUAUAUAUAAAAUAUAUAUUUUUUUUAACUGGAGCAUGCACUUAUUUUCAGAAACAUAGACUUGCCCCUAAAAUAAUUACCAAAGGUAACAGAAACACAUGUAGGUAGGUGGCAAAUGUAGCAAAAAAAUCGAACAGAUUGGUCAUUCGUAAUAAGAGUAACCCGUAAAGAAACUAAGCCUUUAUUUGCUCUCCAUUUUGACUUAAGAUAAUACCUCAUAAGCUCAAUCAGAUUUUUUUCCUUUUUUUGCCAGUUUUAUUUUUUCAUUAGUUAUUUUUAGUGUUCUGUGUAUGUAUGCUGCAAUAGCUUUUGCUGCUAUUUAAAUGGUAUUAUAAGUACCAUAGUACUUUAUUCAGGCUAAGGUAUAAAAGGAAAAAAAAUCAAAUUAAUAAGUAAUGAAUGAAAUUGUCAGAGUGCUGUACAGCAUGAAGAAGGUUUCUAAGGAAGGUCAUUAGUUGUUUGAAUGCAUGCUUACUUAAUCAAGUUGCUGCAUGCAGAAAUUUUGUAUAUCAUGUCUAAUAUCCAACCUUCCCUAUGUGCACAAAGUAACUAAGAAUAUAGCGAUAGGAUACAAAUGCUCAAUUAAAAAGAAAUAAACAGUUAAAUGACUGGAAGAAGGCAUGUCUCAUUAAAUGUUAAUGCUUCUGAAAUUAGAAAGUCCAUUAAAGAAUUACAGCUAUCAGAUUUAAUAUAAACAUUAGCUAUAAAAUAUCCUUUAAAUACCUGUUGACAGUAGGUGAAGUACUUUACGGUGAUCUCUUACAUAUUGUGCAAUUUUUUUAUAUAGUAGAGUGAAUUUGUAUAGUACUGUGAUUAUGUUUAACUGUUGUUAAUGUCAGACAUCGAAGUUCUGUGAUGCUUCAUACCUGGUGUAUAAACAGAAAAGUGAGCUCUCAUCUAAAUAUCUCCAAUGCUUGCACCAUUGACAUAGCUUAAGACCUUGUCCAGAAAAACCAAAGAGCUCAAAACACACACAAACACAUUACACUACACUAUACGACCAGUAUAUAAUCUUUUUUGACUGAAAAACUAGGCAUAUUUUGGAAAAUAUGAAACAUUGUAAAAAAUGUCCAUGCUUAAAAGUCAAAAUGGAGAUUUCUGCUAUCUGGUUGCAGCAUUUAACUCCCAGUUCCCUGGAUGCAUCCUACAAAGCUUGAAUUCUGCUGAAGGUUUGCUAGUUUAGUGGAUAUUUUAGCAUGUUCUGUGAGAGCUGCAGACAGUAAUAUUAAAACAGUGUAACAAUGAAUUGCUGAUUCUGUUAUGUACACUAUUUUGUAGCACCUCUGGGACAAUCUGACUUGAUAUGUCACCGCAUAUAAAUUUCACAUGUAGGUUAUUUGUGUGUUGUGAUGUCUUCUUUGUUGUCCAAUUGAUAUUUUUCAGUGUUUAGUUGCAAGUAUUGGCUUUGAAAGGAACCUUUUCUGUUUUUGGAGAAAAACAAAAGAAAUUAGUUUUUUACUGGUAAUAAUCACUUAAAAUAUCCCUUUGAGGUUACUUCUGGGCUUUUUUUGUGAUAUUGCUUUUUUCUGCCCAGACAUGUUUUUUCUAUGUUUUAUUUUUUCAUUAUCUGUAAUAGACAUUUGUUAAUGCACUACUUUUUGUAUCUGGACAGUUUUCAACAGUUGGCUGAUUUUUUUUUUUAAACAAAGAAAAGGCGUGCUUUCUGACUGACAUGAUCUUUUGCAAUACCUCAAGUUUGAAAUAUAGAAGAGAAAUUGAUAUUUUCUAAGUAAGUUUAUUCAGAAAAUAUAUAUUAAUUUAAUUCUGUGAGAAGAUGAUUUAAAAGAUGGGUAAUUUUAUUUUUUUCAUGCUUAUUUGCUUUUGUUUAAAAUUGAAGGAGAUAGAGAUUUAUGACUAAUAUUAUGAAUUAGAGUUGGGUACAGUACGUAAUCUACCUAAUUAUGUGAAAAGAUAACAUUUUAUAAAGAAUCCCCCUCCUUCAAUGAAAAAAAAAAAAAAAGAAAAAAAAAGAAAAAAUAAAUACGUUCAGUUGAAAGCUAGAGUGCUUGGUUGAGACAAUGUCAGUUUUGAAGAAAAUUAGCUUAUAAAACGAGCACCAUUUAGUGCUGAAUGUUGUGAAUAGGAAACAAAAAUGAAGAUAUUUUCCCUUAUUUUGUGUAUUUAUAAUUGAUUACGCACGACUGACCAGAAUCUUGAAAGAGUUCUUCUGUUUAUUUUUUUAAGAGAACUUUUUAUGUUUAAUAAGUUAUAACAUGUUCCCUUUUGUUUGUAAAUUAACAUGUUCUGAUUUGUUUACUUGUUGUAUAAUGGUCCUUCAGAAAAAAAGAAUGUUAUUUUAAAAAAAAAAUAAAACAAGUGUUUGAACUGUAACUUGACUAAGAAGCCCAAGGGUGCAUCAGGUCCUUCUGUGGCCUUCUCUUGACACAAGACUUGAAUUAGUCAAUUUUUUUUGAAGGCUAACCUAACCUCAACUAUUUGUUGUUAUGU